AUGAAGUUAUUAAUGAACCCUACAGCUACUGAGGAUGAAAAACACUACGCCAAGGAACAAAUUGAUGAAAUGAUUAAAUUGUAUGGAGAAGUUAGAGUUCGUCCCUCGAAUAGAAAGAAAAUUCCUGCUCGUUUGACGCUUGUAAUUUUAGCCAUUGUCAUGAUUAUUUCAUGGAUGGCAGUUAAAGGCCAACAACGUAUGGCGAAUAAGGAGAGACAAGACCAAGUUCUAGAAGAAGUGGUCAAACGAAGUCAACCAACGGAAGAAAUGCGAGCAGUACCUCAGAUAAAUCAUCGUGAAAUUCUCCAAGAAAUUGAGAAGCAGAGAUUACAAAAAUUGAAAGAAAAGUCCAACCAACCUUAA